GCGGGGAGCAAACGUCGACCCAAAGUGACUGUUCAAGCCCGUCUCCUCGCUCGGAUCCGGCUCGACCAAAGGGUCGAUAAGUGCAUGUCGUGCCUGGAACGUCAGGCACUGUGCCGAGACGCGAAGCAAGGGAGGUAGCGACGCUACUUACUUGGGCGAACUCCUUGCUGCUGCCCAUGCUGCUUUGUGCGACUGGCGAUCUGGAUCGAAAAAAAAAGGUACUGGGAGGGGCGGCGACUCAGUGAAUUGGACGAUGGUCACCUGAGAAAGAUGAGCCCAGAGGAGCAUCGAGUGACUUGGCAGGAACCCGGAACGCGUAACACAUGUCAUCGCUUCCGCGUCCGUUUCCCUGCAUCGCUCUUUGCGAUCAGCCAAUACAAGCCUACGUCAUGGUGGAUCGGACGGGAGCUUGGGCCAGCACGCGCACCCCGAUUUAGCAGCGGCGCGCCUUGUCGUCACCUCCAGCGAUCAUCAGGGUCGCGGCCGCCCAACGGCACCAAGCCUACCAUGUCCUUGGUACUCUACUCAGACUCCGAGCCGGACGACGAUGAUAAGAACGAGCCUUUGGCCGCGCUGGCAUUGCGGAGCGAACAUUCUCGGCUCUCAAGCAAGCGCAAACGCAGCGAGCCCGACCACCAGGUGAACCCCGAGCUCCCUCCGCUUCCGGCUGCAUUCCAUGAUCUGUACUCCACGAAUGCGCGCACCAGCACCAGCGAUGACCCGAGUCUCCAUGGUGGGCGCAAGCGCGCAGUCCCGCACGUUGAGGGCAAUUGGCCAAGCCAUGUCUACCUAGAGUGGGUCCCUUCGCAGACAGAGGCCCAGAAUCUGCGCGGUUUGAUAGAGCACGUCCGCGAAUCAAUAGAGCGUGCGAACAAGUGCAGACGUAAGCUGCUACCUGUUCCGGACAUCACUCCCUCUUUGCGUUCACCGCUCGGCACACCUCUGCCGCUCCACGUCUCGCUCUCGCGCACACUGCAGAUUAGGACGCAAGAUAAAGGAUCAUUCUUCGAGACACUAAUAGCCUCUCUUCGGAAAGCUGCGGUACGGCCUUUCCAUAUUCGUUUCACGACUAUGAAAUGGGUGCCAAACUUCGAGCGAAAUCGGUGGUUCCUGGUCCUUGGAAUCGAAAGACCCGCGCAGGAUGAGUUGAACAGACUCUUGGGGGCCUGCAAUGAGGCUUCUAAGAAGUGUGGAUUCCCAGGUCUCUACGUUGGCGGCAGGGGCGAUGGGCCUAUGGACGGUAACACUUCUAUCCAUCAGGCGAAGUCGAGAAAACGCGAUCAGAUCGUGCAGGAGAAGAAGGAUGACUGUACCGAAUCUGAGGACCGUACCGAGAACUUCCACAUUAGCAUUGCCUGGAACCUCCUAGAGCCGGAUCCUGAAUGGAUCACGUUGGUUCGGAACAUUGAUGUGUCAAAGCAUGUCAGCGCGCCCGAAGCCCCCUUCGACAUGGUGAAAGCGAAGAUAGGGAAUGUUGUUAACAACAUCGACUUAGGCUCCAGGAAGUCCGGUCGUAGGAAAGGAGGUGUCCUCGGGUUAGAAUGAGCGUUGAGGCGCAAUUCUUGCGCAUUUUUAGCCGACAGAAUUUGGCUUGAUCAAUCUCUUGUUACGCUGCUGCGAGAAAAAGCUAGGAGAAUUGCUCAAUGACGUGGCCCUGCUCUAAGAGAAGAAUGGUGACAUUGGAACAAUGCUAUUGUAGGUGGGAUAUUGCGUCAGCUUGACUGGCGUGAGCAAUGGGACAUUCCGCCUGAUUGACUGAGGAAGCGAAGGCUAGGACCACUCCGCCAGAGGUCGGUGCCCUCCCACAUUGUACCCUCUA